AUGAGGGAUGAUAUUAGUAUAGCAUUUACCAAAUCCAAUUACUAUCCGCCGUAUGGGGAUCAAGAAAUUCCCGGGAGCCGGCCUGCUGACUUACGCGCCUUCUUCGGCAGAAAAUUAGGUCGGCGUUACGCCCCCGUUCCUCUCAAUGCCGGGUGCCUGAAUAACGCACUUAUCGCGACGGCUCCAUUCACUCCUUUAGACGCCAUCCCAGCCGUACCAGAGGUCCUCCAAAGGCCUCAAAAAACGUAUCAAUAUGAAUUGAUUACAACACCCCGUGAACCAAAUGAUAUAAAAGACGAGGAAACACAGGGGAUUGCCAAGUCAACUUCUGAGCGACCAUGCCUCAUGGGUGUCACAAACUACAUUUUCAACACUCGGAAUGGUGGCCGACGGCAUUACUUUCCGGACAUAUGUUCUUUCUCUAAAUCGAGUACAGAAGAUCUGGGCUCUCAAAUCCCAAAGAAGGACCCUAUGCCGCCACCAGCUGAGGUCAGCAGCAGUUAUCUUUGCCCGUUGUCCGGACGCUUUGGAACUCGAAAAGGCCGAGGGGUAUAUAAUUUUGAUACUGAUUCCCCUUCUCCUCCGGUGCGAGAGGCUUUGGCAGAGCGUGAACGGGAGCGUGCACAAGCAGAGGCAGGCCGCGCUUUAGUCGCAAAGCCCUUGGAUCACUCCCUCAUCGAUCUUGGGCUGUGGAGCCUGAUCUAUCCAACUAGCCUUACACCCCUUAAGACGUCACCUACGCAAGAUCACGACGGUGGGGGCGCUACAGGGGCAGAAUGCACAAUAAAUACCUCUGCAGACUUUGAAUCAGUUCAACUCGACAAAAAUACGGUUGUUGAAAUCAAAAAGAUUGUAGAUAGUAAAAGCACAAAUACCCAGCAUGUGCAUUCUAGCAAAGUCAAUACUUUCACUGCUUCAACACACAAACGCGAUGAUGACUCAACAGCAGCGGCCUUUCAUCAAGCACGGCGAACAAUUGAGAAAACACGAAUGACACAAAAAGCGAAAGCUGCUGCGCGCUUGCUCCACGAGGAUAUCAAACUUGUUCAUAGCCUCUCUAAUUGAUUCCUUGUGUUCUGAAAUGAAUCCCUGUUUUUAAUGUGUAUUCCAUAUUUUUGGUGUAUUUUAUUUUUAGCUUUGUUCUUUGUUCGUCUAUUCAUUUCUAUCCUUAGUUCAUCCCCAAUCCUUCGUAGCAUCGACUGACACUGAAAUCCCCGGGAGCACACACUUUGUACUUUCUUCAGCUAGCAUUUUUACUGUGCCGCAUUUUAGGUCUCAUUACCUUACCCCAUCAAUUAAUGUCAUGAUAAAAUGAAGAUAGAAUGACACCGAAAAAAGUGAGCUACUGACUCAAUAACAAAUAUAUUCACAUAUGUACACAUAACUGGAAGAUAAAACUAACGACAAGUUUGAUGUAAAUACAAAGUGUCAAUAGAAUUCUUUUUUCCUAAAAAGAAUAUCAUUGCAUGAUAAACACAUGAUUCCAUACAUUAUAAAUAUA